GCUCCGCAGUAUGCCGCACAUACAGGUACUGAAGUCACAUCUGUCCUGUGGUCUCCCAGUGUGUUCCAGCAACCUCCUCCUAAGCACACUGGACAAACUGAUCGGACAGGGACUCCACCCCUGAUGCAUCACGGUGUGGAACGGACAAGACCCUGCCCUGCCCUUAGCCGUGCUCAGCUCCAGGAAACCCUUCUACAUCUUCUGAAGAAUGACUCCAGUUUUCUCAAUACAGUUCAUGAAGCUUAUUUACAAGUGCUUACCAAAAGUAUGGACAAUGUCAAACUAUAA